UAUGGUCGGGCGGGCGGUGUGUUGUCAUCCGCGGAGCGACGGCCCGGAGGCGGCGGCGUAGGCCACGGCGGGGCGUUUGGUUUCGGUUUGGCCCUGACUGGAGUUAGUAUUGACGGUCGAAAUGGGAGUCCCUAAGUUUUACCGAUGGAUCUCUGAGAGAUAUCCCUGCCUCAGCGAAGUCGUGAAAGAGCAUCAGAUUCCUGAAUUUGAUAACUUGUACCUGGAUAUGAAUGGAAUUAUACAUCAGUGUUCCCAUCCUAAUGAUGAUGAUGUUCACUUCAGAAUUUCAGAUGAUAAAAUCUUUACUGAUAUUUUUCACUACUUGGAAGUGUUGUUUCGCAUUAUUAAACCUAGGAAAGUAUUCUUCAUGGCUGUUGAUGGUGUGGCUCCUCGAGCAAAAAUGAACCAGCAGCGUGGGAGGCGUUUUCGGUCAGCAAAGGAAGCAGAAGACAAAAUAAAAAAGGCAAUAGAAAAAGGAGAAACUCUUCCCACGGAGGCCAGAUUUGAUUCCAACUGCAUUACACCAGGGACUGAAUUCAUGGCCAGGUUACAUGAACAUCUGAAGUAUUUUGUAAACAUGAAAAUUUCUACAGACAAGUCAUGGCAAGGAGUUACCAUCUAUUUCUCAGGCCAUGAGACUCCUGGAGAAGGAGAACAUAAAAUCAUGGAAUUUAUCAGAUCUGAGAAGGCAAAGCCAGAUCAUGAUCCAAACACCAGACACUGUCUUUAUGGCUUAGAUGCUGACUUGAUUAUGCUUGGAUUAACAAGUCAUGAGGCACAUUUCUCUCUUUUAAGAGAGGAGGUUCGGUUUGGUGGCAAAAAGACACAAAGGGUAUGUGCACCAGAAGAAACCACAUUUCACCUCCUACACUUGUCUUUAAUGAGGGAGUAUAUUGAUUAUGAGUUUUCAGCAUUAAAAGACAAGAUCACAUUUAAAUAUGAUAUUGAAAGGAUAAUCGAUGAUUGGAUUUUGAUGGGAUUUCUUGUUGGCAAUGAUUUUAUCCCUCAUCUACCUCAUUUACAUAUUAAUCAUGAUGCACUGCCACUUCUUUAUGGAACAUAUAUUACCAUCCUGCCAGAACUUGGGGGUUAUAUUAAUGAAAGUGGGCAUCUCAACUUACCUCGAUUUGAGAAAUACCUUGUGAAACUAUCAGAUUUUGAUCGGGAGCACUUCAGUGAAGUUUUUGUGGACCUAAAGUGGUUUGAAAGCAAAGUCGGUAACAAGUACCUCAAUGAAGCAGCAGGUGUUGCAGCAGAAGAAGCUAAGAACUACAAGGAAAAGAAAAAAACAAAGGGCCAGGAAAACUCCGUAUGUUGGGCUGCUUUAGAUAAAAAUGGAGAAGAAGUAGUAACUUCUAAGGAUAAUUUAGAAGAUGAGACUGAAGAUGAUGACCUAUUUGAAACCGAGUUUAGACAAUAUAAAAGAACGUAUUAUAUGACAAAAAUGGGAGUUGAUGUCGUUUCUGAUGACUUUCUUGCUGAUCAAGCUGCAUGUUAUGUUCAGGCAAUACAGUGGAUUUUGCACUAUUACUAUCAUGGAGUUCAGUCCUGGAGCUGGUUUUAUCCAUACCAUUAUGCACCUUUCCUAUCUGAUAUCCGCAACAUCAGUACACUCAAAAUCCAUUUUGAACUAGGAAAACCGUUUAAACCAUUUGAACAGCUUCUUGCUGUACUUCCAGCAGCUAGCAAAAAUUUACUUCCUACAUGCUACCAGCAUUUGAUGACCAGUGAAGACUCACCAAUUAUCGAAUAUUAUCCACCUGAUUUUAAAACUGAUCUAAAUGGGAAACAACAGGAAUGGGAAGCUGUGGUACUAAUACCUUUUAUUGAUGAGAAGCGAUUGUUGGAAGCCAUGGAGACAUGUAACCACUCCCUCAAAAAAGAAGAGAGGAAAAGAAACCAACACAGUGAGUGCCUCAUGUGCUGGUAUGAUGGUGACACAGAGUUUACCUACCCCUCUCCAUGGCCAGAAAAGUUCCCUGCCAUAGAACGAUGCCACACAAGGUAUAGAAUAAUAUCAUUAGAUGCUUGGCGUGUAGACAUAAGCAAGAACAAAAUAACCAGGGUUGACCAGAAGGCAUUAUAUUUCUGUGGAUUUCCUACUUUGAAACACAUCAAACACAAAUUUUUUUUGAAGAAAAGUGGAGUUCAAGUAUUCCAGCAAAGUAGUCGUGGAGAAAACAUGAUGUUGGAAAUCUUAGUGAAUGCAGAAUCAGAUGAACUUAGUGUAGAAAAUAUAGCUUCAUCAGUGCUUGGAAAGUCUGUCUUUGUUAACUGGCCUCAUCUUGAAGAAGCUAGAGUUGUUGGUAUAUCAGAUGGAGAAACUAAGUUUUACUUGGAAGAACCUCCAGGAACACAGAAGCUUUAUUUGGGAAGAACCGUGCCACCGUCUAAAGUGGUCCAUCUUGGGGACAAAGAGCAAUCUAACUGGACAAAAGAAGUGCAAGGAAUUUCAGAAUACUACCUGAGAAGAAAAGGGAUAAUAAUAAACGAAACAUCUGCAGUUGUGUAUGGUCAGUUACUCACUGGUCGUAAAUAUCAAAUAAACCAAAAUGGUGAAGUUCAUCUAGAGAAACAGUGGUCAAAACAAGUUCUUCCAUUUGUUUAUCAAACUAUUGUCAAAGACGUCCGAGCUUUUGACUCCCGUUUCUCCAGUAUCAAAACAUUGGAUGACUUGUUUCCUCCUAGAAGUAUGGUCUUUAUGCUGGGAACUCCAUAUUAUGGAUGCACUGGAGAAGUUCAGGAUUCAGGGGACGUGAUUACUGAAGGCAGGAUUCGUGUGGUUUUCAGCAUUCCAUGUGAACCCAAUCUUGAUGCUUUAAUACAGAACCAGCAUAAAUAUUCUAUAAAGUACAACCCAGGAUAUGUGUUGGCCAGUCGCCUUGGAGUGAGUGGAUACCUUGUUUCAAGGUUUACAGGAAGUAUUUUUAUUGGAAGAGGAUCUAGGAGAAACCCUCAUGGAGACCAUAAAGCAAAUGUGGGUUUGAACCUCAAAUUCAACAAAAAAAAUGAGGAGGUACCUGGAUAUACUAAGAAAGUUGGAAGUGAAUGGAUGUAUUCAUCUGCAGCAGAGCAACUUCUUGCAGAGUACUUAGAGAGAGCUCCAGAACUAUUUAGUUAUAUAGCCAAAAAUAGCCAAGAGGAUGUGUUCUAUGAAGAUGACAUUUGGCCUGGAGAAAAUGAGAAUGGUGCUGAGAAAGUUCAAGAAAUUAUUACUUGGCUAAAGGGACAUCCUGUCAGUACUUUGUCUCGUUCUUCUUGUGAUUUACAAAUUCUGGAUGCAGCUAUUGUUGAGAAAAUUGAAGAAGAAGUUGAAAAGUGCAAGCAAAGAAAGAAUAAUAAGAAGGUUCGAGUGACAGUGAAGCCCCAUUUGCUAUACAGACCUUUAGAACAGCAACAUGGAGUUAUUCCUGAUCGGGAUGCAGAAUUUCGCCUCUUUGACCGUGUUGUCAAUGUGAGAGAGAACUUUUCUGUUCCAAUUGGCCUUCGGGGCACCAUCAUAGGAAUUAAAGGAGCUAAUAGAGAAGCUGAUGUACUAUUUGAAGUAUUGUUUGAUGAAGAAUUUCCUGGAGGCUUAACAAUAAGGUGCUCACCUGGUAGAGGUUAUCGACUGCCAACAAGUGCCUUGGUGAACCUUUCUCAUGGGAGUCGCUCUGAAACUGGAAGUCAGAAGUUGACAGCCAUUGUGAAACCACAGCCAGCUGUGAAUCACUAUAGCUCAAAUUCAUCAGUUUCAUCUGGGCAUUUGGGAGGCCUGAACCAUUCCCCUCAGUCACUUUUUGUUCCCACUCAAAAAUUUUUUAUGCUUUCCCAGGUACCUGCUAAAGAUGAUGAUGAAUUUUGCAAUAUUUGGCAGUCCUUACAGGAAUCGGGAAAGGUUCAACAUUUUCAGCCAGCUCUACAAGAGAAGGGUGCUGUUCUACCCCAAGAAAUAAGUCAGGUAACUCAACAUCAUAAAUCUGGCUUUAAUGACAACAGUGUUAAGCAAAGAAAACAUGAGCCUCACAAAAAAUUUAAAGAAGAGUGUAAGAGUCCUAAAACUGAGAGUCGCUCACAAAAAAUGUCAAAUAGGCAGAUGUUUGCAGGGCAUGCCAAAUGUAAUAUUAAGCUAUUGAAGAGAAAUGAAAGUGCAGAAGCCUCAGAAAACCAAAAGGCUGUGAUGGGUUAUCCAAAUGCUAUUGAUAAGCCUAAUCCUGGAAUUGAGAAUUUCUUAGCAUCCUUGAAUAUCGCCAAAGAAAAUGAAGUACAGUUAUCUCAUCAUGAAGAGCCUCCAAGUGAAGAGCAUCUGUCACCACAGUCAUUUGCUAUGAAGGGCACUCGGAUGCUUAAAGAAAUACUAAAAAUUGAUGGCUCUGGCACUCUGGACCAUAAGAGUGAAAUGAAACAGUUUGGUAAUGAAGUCACUGUUUCCUCUAAUAGAAGAGAUGAAUAUGGAUCUUCCUCACAGCCUAAACAAAAUAAGAAAUUAACAUCUUAUACGAACAAGCCUCACAGUGCCAGUGAGUACCAUAAUGUUCAGUCUUUGGACAGUAUGUGCUGGCCUGCUCUCAGCCAGAUUCCUCCUGUGUCCACACCAGUAACUGAACUUUCUCGAAUUUGUUCCCUUGUUGGAAUGCCACAACCAGAUUUCUCCUUUCUAAGAACACCACAGACAAUGACAGUUUGCCAGGUAAAAUUAUCUAAUGGCUUACUGGUACAUGGGCCACAGUGCCAUUCUGAAAAUGAGGCCAAGGAAAAAGCUGCACUUUUUGCUUUACAACAAUUGGGCUCCUUAGGAGUGAAUUUCCCUUUGCCUCCACCAAUAUUUCCAAGUUAUCCUCCUGCUGUACCACCUGGAACAAUUCCUCCAGUUUUUCCCCAACCUACUGGCUGGGAUCACUAUGGAAGCAACUUAGCAUUGGGGGCAGCUAAUAUCAUGCCAUCAUCAACUCAUCUCUUUGGCUCAAUGCCAUGGGGACCACCAGUGCCAGUUCCUGGGAAGCCCUUCCAUCAUACUUCAUAUGCCGGGACCAUGCCCAUGGCUGGAGGAAUGCCAGCUGGUGUGCAUAAUCAGUUCAUACCUUUACAGGUAACUAAAAAAAGAGUUGCAAACAAAAAGAACUUUGAGAACAAGGAGACUCAGAGUUCUCAUGCCACACCACUUCAAACUAGCCAGUCAGCGUCUUCUGAUGUCACCAAAGCAGUUCCACAGGAGAGUUCAUCAGCUUCGUUAAAGUCCUCUCAGAAUAUCCAACCUGCAUCUUCUCUUCAAGCUGAAGCUGCCUCCCCAGGCCAUAGUAUGUCUCACCAUAAAUCAACACCAAGCUCUUCUUCAAGAAGAAAAUCAAGAAAACUGGCUGUCAAUUUUGGCAUUUCUAAACCUUCUGAAUAAAUUUGGUACUUGGAAUUAAA